AUGGAUAACGCUGUUAAACAACAAGCUACAUCAACUGGAAAAAAAUUUACAACACAACUUGGAACAAAUAAUACGCAAGCAACAACUAUUAUUAAAACCAUUACAAAGAUGGCUAUUAAAUUGGCAAGAGAACAACUAUGGCUACCACGUUGCAAAACACAAAUAGAAUGGGAAAAACAAUACAAUAUUACAAUAAAAAACAAAAAAUCAAGCUCUGAUGCUCCUAAAAUUGCAACUACAAAAGUCAAUACGCAAAUAAAAAAGCCAAAACAACAAAACAAACAACAAUUUAAAGAAUUAGAUGGCAUAUUUUGCUAUUGCGGUAUUGCAAAACAAAAACAUAACAACAUUUCAU